UUUGGCCUUUGACAUUGUGUUCAUCUUAGCCCAUUUCUUUUGUUGUGAGGGGGGGAUCAUUUGUCUCAUCUGCUCCAUUUCAUUUCACACGGAAGCUGGCGCUAUCAGUUACAGUAAACUUAAAGCGCCUGUUAUCCAUAUUCUUUAUAUCAGAUGACAAUGUGAAAGGGGUUUGCUGCUAUUGAUGAACUUACAGAGAAUCACCGCCUGAAUCCGCUGCUCCACUUAAUGUGGAGCAGCUCAUUGUGUAGCCGGUAAGACAAUAUACAAUGUAUGUGGUGUUACAAGGUGUCAGGAUGAGGGAGAAUGAAAUCCAGAUGGCCAUCAUGAAGGAAUUUGAGGACAAUUUGCAGCAAGUAACUUUCAGAGAACGACGACAGACCACAGUCAUCAUUUGUGUCUGCUUAAAUAAAGAUUAUCGACAUUUUCUUCUUGCAUGCUUUUGUACUUCCUCCUCUUUUUUUUUUUUAAUACCGUGUGUUCGAUGUCUAUGCCUGGUCGUGGUGCCUUCGCUGCCUCGUUGAGCUGUAAUGUGAAGUCCCGGCCACCCAGAGGCACUGCCGGCUCAACAUGACGUCGGAGGCUGAAGGGAGCAGUGAACGACGGUGGAGUGAAGGUCGCUCCUGCUUCUCUGAUUUGUUUAUCUGACACUGUCUGAUCAUGCUUAAAUCUGUGGGUAGAAUGAUGCGGUUACAAUCACUUUCAAAGCACCAUAUUUUUUUUAAAUGUUACACAUGAAAAGCAACCUAAAAAUAAUAACUUACUUUAGUAGAAGCAAAUACAUCAGAUGGUUUAGACGCCAGGCAUAAUAUGAUCUCCUAAUGAGCCGCUUUAAAAAUCUCUUUACAGGUUGCUGAUGAGGAUUGUUUUAAUGUUUAAGGUCAUCUUCAGUACGCACUGUAUGUUACUGGUGUAUACAUUCAUCGAUAUUCUUUUUAAACUGCAUGCAACAUUAAAAGGAACCAAAAGGAAGGAGUGCUUAAUUGUGGGAAAUUACCUAUUGUCAGGUAUUUGGGUGAAAUGUGCAGUGCUCUGCAAAUUGCAUGAAAAUGGACAUUUCACUUGACAAUUUGACAACACGUGUAAAGAAAGGCACAAUAAAGACAUUUACAAUAUUUAAGAUAAGAAUCAUCCAGAGGGUCUUCAGAUCUUUAGGUGGUCUUCAGAUUUUAAAAUUUAAAAUCUUUGAGGUGCAGUAAAAUGAAAGCCUUAAUUUGUCUUUAAUCUAAACGUGAAUACAUUUUUAGAGUAAAUAAAAUGUUUUCUCCCUUGUUACCAAUGUGAUUUUCUUGUUUAAGUCAGUUUCAUGAUACAAUUGUAUGCCUUGAAAUUGACCCGUAGGAAACUCGACUCUCUCUAUCUAGCAACCGCCUUACCAGCAGCAAAGAGACAAAAACGUUUAAAUAUUCCUGGCUCCUCCCCCCCCCAUUUGAUCUUUUCCAGCCCCCUUUAUGUCCAAAAAUACAGAGGCAAACCUGUUGCUCCCAGGCCGAGGAGACACAGAUAGCUUAGACAACACACUGGGCCGGGGCAGCAGGGGGAAAGCAUCCACGAAACAAAUAGUAGCUGCACCACCACCAGUCGUCUGACACUUCAACUGGACCCCUCUGAAAGGUUAGUUUGACCAUUCCUCUGCUCCUGCAUGCACUGAGAACCUGAUCUGCCCGUGCAGUACGUAAUCUCAUUUCCCAAAAUGACAUUGUGCGUGAGUUUUCCACGACUUAUAAAUAACAACCGCUCUUGCUUUGACCAGAUGAGAGGAGAGAGAGAAUACGCACAUUGAGAGAAGUCCUUCGUGGAGCUUGAUGGGACUUUAAUGAGUUGCCGCCUCGGGAUCUUCCUGCACCUCCAACUUAACUGAAGGACUGGCAUGGAACACGGCCGAUAUCUUUGAAGCAAGGAAUUGGUAGAAGUUUAAAAAAAGUAUUUGAUCAAUUUCAUUUUGAGGACGUGAAUCGGAGAACGAACUGAAAAAAGGACUAUUGAGACUGAAGGUUUGGUUUCUGAUUGAUCUUUGAACCAACCACCCCAUUACUCAUCUGACUUGAAUCUCAGGGGUGGUGAGGGUCACUACAAGAGCCAUGGAAGCCACACAGGGUGUUCAGGAGGUAAUGGUAAGCGAGGCCCUGGUGCAGUUCAGGGCCACUUUGCAAGCAGCCGUAAGGGAGGUGCACGUGGACGUAAGCGCCUUCAAGCAGCGCACAGAGCAGAGGAUCGAGGAGAUGUGCAUUUCCAACGGACCCUUGGCCGAGGCGGUGACCAGGCUGCAGGAGGAGAACCUGCAGCUCAGGUCAAAGCUGGAGGCCCUCAGCCGCCUGGUGGAGGGUCUCUCCGGGCUAAAGAUCGAGAGGGGUCCUGCCGAAGUGAAGGGGAAGAACGUGGAGGAUAGUAUGGAGAACGGGCAACCAGGAGGACGGCAGAGAGGGCUGGUUUACUCUGGAAGAUCAGAGAAUAUCCAGUCACGUCAGUCCACUUCCACAUACUCUGAAACAUCAGGGUCAAGUGGAGGAUCAAGCCAUGCUGCUGCUACUGCUGCUGCUGCUGCACCCAGCAACACCCCAGCCCCUCAUCCAUGGAGAGCAAAGAGACAUGCUGAAAUCAAUGGCACUGAUGCAAAAGGAGAGACACAUUUUGCCACAACUGCACAAGAGGAUGGGAACCCAGAAAUCUCCCAGCAGCCUCUCACAGUCAUCACAAAACUAAGCACAGAGACCUCUGCUGUCACUAACUCUUCUAAAUAUACCUUGGAAACCCUCAACAUGUCUGAUCAAGAAGAAUCAGGUCUUCUGACCAAACCUCAUCGUCCCGUCUCUACAAUGCUGAAACCCAGCUCUGACGCUCCAGCUGUCCCACAGUCUCCUGCCUCAGCGCCCAAAGAAACUCCAGUAAAACCAGUAGAGUCUCCUGCUAAAUGUGACGCUGAUGAACCGAGGCCCCAUCUUCCCGUCACUGCAAUGACAACCAAACCAGAGGGUCUGGUUGCCACCAAACCUGCCCAGUCUCCAGCAUUGGCGCCUAAAGCGGCUGCUCAUUCUACAGCAGAGGCUCCAUCAGGUACGUUUGGAACAAAGGAGCUAAGCUCACCAUUUAGACGUGACGUCACUGAAACCAAGCCACACUUGCCUCCUUUGGCUAUGAGCAAACCCAACACGGAGUCUUCAUUGUCUGCUAGAACAGGACCGUCCCCGAGUCUCUCAGCAUCACAGGACACCGUAGUAAAAUCUGGGGAGUAUCCCUUUAAGAGAGCACCUAUUCUCAAGACACCCAGUCCCAGUCUGAAGAGAAGUGUGAGCUUUCCUCAGCCUGCAGAAAAAUUGCUGCCCUCCAAAUCAAUCAUAAAAUCUGGUUUCUCACCAAAUUUGGACAAGAAGGCGAACAAGAUAGGGGGAGUCGAGUUCAAGCAGGAUGUGAUGAAAUCCCAAACGCUUCCACGCUCAGGGGGGCUCAAUGGGGCUCAGGCCAAGAGGGCGCUCUUUGAGAGGAUGAACUCAGAGCCUAUAAAACCAAAGGAUUCCAAACCUAAACUGAAGCGCUCUCAGAGUUUUGGAGCGUCCAGCGCCAGUGGUAUAAAACAGAUUCUCCUGGAGUGGUGCCGCUCAAAAACCAUUGGCUAUCAGAACAUAGAUAUCCAGAACUUCUCGUCCAGCUGGAGUAACGGGAUGGCUUUCUGUGCUCUGGUUCACUCGUUCUUCCCUCUGGACUUUGAUUACAACACGCUGGAAGCUGCAAACCGCAAACAGAACCUCCAGCUGGCCUUCAGCACCGCCGAGGAGCAGGCUGACUGUCUCCGUCUGAUAGAGGUGGAGGACAUGAUGGAGAUGGGGGACAAGCCAGACCCUAUGUGUGUGUUUACAUACGUGCAGUCCCUCUACAGCCACCUGAAGCAGUUUGAGUAACUCUGUAUCAGAGUAGAUGACCCAGUCUAGAUGUUAGUAACCACAGUGUGUCAUGAACACUUUGAAUAAGCUCAAAAUCGGCCUCUUGCCAAGCAAAGUAAUAGAGAACCACUGUUGAAUCACAUAAACACAGACUUUAGUGUUAGACAAAUGUUUUUUCUCUGCCAAAUCAGUUUUAUACUGUAUGUGUGCAAUCACCAGUUUGCCCCAUUUCCUUUAGAAUUUGUGGUUGACUGACUUUGAUUCUUAAAAUGCAGCUUCUUAUAACAUGUAUUGUGACAUGUGUGGCUUUACAAGAUGCAUGUUGGUUUUUAUGUAGUUCUCAAAAUCAAUAACAAUGCUGCAGUUAAAGAAGGGAAGAUUAACACUCUUUUUAAAACUAGCUUGUGAUAGCUGGCAGCUGCUGUUGACCAAUCAGUGUUUGGCAACAUGAGCAAUCUUUACAAACCAAAGAGUUAUGAACCAGCGCAGAGAUGCUCCAGUAACAAUAAGAGUCUUGCCUGAGUCUUGCAAUGUGGCGAAAUAAAGCUAUUUUCUAAUAAUUUUCAUUUUUAGUGUGAAGUUUUUACAUCAUUGUGGCGAACUUGCAGAGCAAGACUAUUAAGAGGUGGAGUGUGAGUGUAACUCUUUCAAUGGACGAUGCCAGAGAUAGUCGUUGGCUUGACACCAACAUAGAUUGCAGUUCAUUUUGGUAGC